UCAAAUUAUAUUUAUAACCUAAAAUUAACCAUUAGGGUUUUCUGGAGAAGAAGAAAGUAGGCAGCUCAUACAAACCCUCCCAAAAAAAUGUCGAUUGCAGAGAAGACAGAGGAAGAGCUUCGCAAAGAACUCGACGAGCUCAAUCGCCAACAAUGGGAGAUUACUGAACGUCUUCGCGAUCCGAGAGGUAUUCGUCGCGGCGGUUUAUCUGGAACUGGUCCUCGGAACUUUUCCGCUAACGGCGCUCGUCAGCGUGGUCUCGUUAGACCUGCUGAAAGAAAUGACUCUCAAGAUCUACCUCCGGCGAAAAAACGUCUGAGUUCUGCUAUAGUAAAGGCUGAAGAAGGAGAGAUCAGUGAGGAUGCAGCUGAUGAGAAAUCUAAGGAAUCAAUUGUCGAAGUUAACGAGGUUUCCUCUAGGAUUGAGAAAAAAACAUUCUCUACUUCAUGGAGAGAUGACAAUCCAAGAGCUUCUAAGAUGGGUUUUGAUAUUCCUCCAACAGAACAUGUCCCAAGGGUAUUGCCAAAGGAUGAGGAUCCACGGCUGGUUAAUAGAAAUAGAAGAAUGCUUGGGCAGCUUUUGGGUACCUUGGAGAAAUUCAAGAAGGAAGAUGAGAAACUUUCAGGAAGUGAGGCAUACAUGAGGCGAACGAAUUCUUUACAGAGGGCUGAGCAGCGGGCACGUGAAGAAAGUGAAAAGCUAAGGCACCAAGAGCGUGAACAAAUAGCAGAAAAACGAAAAAGGGAUCUGACUCUUCGUGCAAGGGUGGCUGCUAAGGCCGAAGAGAAGAGAUUGGAAUUGCUGUUUCUUCGGUGGUGUGAUCAUCAUAGAAAGCUUGGGAACUUUUUAAGGACCCAAGCUGAACCACCACUAUAUUACUCAUUCACCAAACCAUUGGAGGAAGAUGCAGACAAACUUGAGAAGCAAAAAGAAGAAUUAUUUGAAGCAUGGAAGGCAAAGAGAAGGGAGGAUCUAAGUGAAUACGAGAAGAAAAUAGGGGAUGAGUAUCUUGCCAACAUUGAGAAUAAUAAUGGUGUUAGAAAAGGUGGGAAAGUGUCAGCAAUGAACAAUGGUGGUGAUUUGAGCUUGCAAGAGAGUAUUAUGGACCAAGAAUUGGAAACCCACAGGCUUGAACAUGGCCCCAAGACCAGAAAACUACCGGACCAGAACCAAGAUGAGGAAGACGAAGAUGUGGAUGUCGGAGAUGAUGACAUCAUGGAUGAUGACCUUCUCGGGGCUGAAGAAACUGCAGCCCCCAAAUUGGAACCGGCAGCAGCAGCAGGUAAUGGUAGUAGUCCAGUAUUGUUAUUGGCUGAAGAAGAGGAAGAGAUUAAAGUGGUUUAAUUAGAGUUGAGAUGUUUUUGUUGGAUUCUUGUUAUUAGUACUAUUAUUAUUACUGUUGAUGAUCUCAAUGUGUGGUUUUUUUUGGUUGUUAUUUCAUUAUUAUUUGUUCGACUUUA